AUGAACUCACAGGGCAUCACGCGUAAGCGGCCUGCCCCGGGCACCGCCCCGCCAACUCACCCUCAGCUGGUCCAGAAUUAUCAGAGCGUCAACCCGAACGCACAGCUUUCCAAUGAUCAGUUCCUGCAAUGGGGCUCAAACCCAGCCGCCAACAAUGUGAACAACUCCUAUGUUGAUCCAUCCGCCUACAACACCGCCGCAUAUGCAGCCAGCCAGGACCUGACCGCCUCCACAUUGGCUCCCUCGGUAUCAGCAAUCUCCACCAACUCAAACCAGCUAGCGCGUCGUACCCCCCAAAACCAGUUGAUCAGUCGGAGUCGCAGCUAUGAGCAGUCUCCUGUACCUUAUGCUGAUAAUAAUGCUGGGACAGGCGCGGGUGACGGCGCGUGGGGAGAAUCAAUUGAGGAGCUGUACGCUCGGGCUGCAGCUGCGAAGAGAGAGGCUACUUCAAAGAGAAAACAGAUUCCGCCCUUUGUGCAAAAGCUUAGCAGCUUCCUAGAUGAAUCGAAGAACACCGAAUUAAUUCGAUGGUCCGAUGAUGGCAAUUCUUUCAUUGUCCUGGAUGAAGAUGAAUUCGCCCGACGCCUGAUCCCGGAGCUCUUCAAACAUAACAACUAUGCCUCCUUUGUCCGCCAGCUGAACAUGUACGGCUUUCACAAGAAGGUCGGAUUGUCAGACAAUUCCAUGCGUGCCAGUGAGCGCAAGAACAAGAGUCCAUCAGAAUACUCUAAUCCUUAUUUCAAACGGGGUCAUCCAGAACUGCUUUGGUUGAUUUCCAAACCAAAGAACCCGGCUGGUCAUGGUGCCAAAGGCAGCAAGGCUGGGGCCCGCAUCAAGACCGAGGAAGUGGAGGACAAUGAAAUCGACGAGACCGACCGAGAACACGCCCACUUCACCACUUCCCUGCUGAUUCUGCUCACUGAUUCGGCCAUGCCCAAGGAGCGACUUGACCAGGUUGUGCAGUCCCUAAAUGAAAUUCGUAUGCAACAGGCGCGAAUCUCGAGUCACAUUGAGAGCCUGCGUCGGGAUCAUGAAGUGCUGUCUGCCCAAGCUGCCACAUUCCAAGAGCAACACACGCGCCAUGAAAACUCCAUCAAUGCGAUCCUGACCUUCUUGGCAACGGUGUACAAUCGCAGUCUCCAAAAUGGAGACGCAGCGACCAACAUCGCAAGCUCCUUUGCUGGAGCCAUCUCCGGUGACCAGCAGGGGAACAUCGUGGAUAUGGGUGACGAUUUCAGCUUCAACCCUAUGGCAUCGAUGGCUAGUCCAACUGGGCAGCGGACAAUGAAAAGACAGCCACUGCUACUGAAAGCGCCGCCUCCUACGCAUGGAGGCAACCGGGCGACUACCCUUUCCCCAGCUGCGAGUGGAACCUACGAAAGUCGGUCACGCAGUAGUACUCGUCAACCAAGUGCUUCACAACCAGGACACGUGGAAGAAUUACUUGACACCAGUCCUCGUCAAGCUGUCACGAACUUCCCGCCUGGAACCACCUCUGAAGACGACUUACCGCAGAAAGAAAUGAUGUCUGUGAUUCAGAAUUCAAACGCCCGCCACGCGAAUUCAAGCACUCUUAGCCAUUUCCCCGAUGUUCUAGAUUCGCUCGAGAAGGGGGGCAAUGGCGCCAUCACUCCAGGUGUACGUGCCGAUAUGCUCCGCCUAAUGGCCAACAAGACUGGACAUCAUGCCGAUUCGGCCAGCGCAAAUAACGCCUUGAUCUCUCCCACGCCGCCACCGAUGCCACAAGACUAUUCCAAUCGGCUGUCCAAGACUCGACAGCAGAUUGACAGCCUGGCGAGACUACAAGCCCAGCAGGAUCGCUCCGUGCAGGACUUGACUAACUUGCUCCAGCCGUUGAGCCCCACUGGCAACAUCCCGGGCUUGAACAAUGACAGUGCCCCCCCAAUGGACCUCGACCAAAUCUUCGAUGCGAAUUACUUCACCGACAUACCCGGAGCCGCGGCGCAAGUGCCAGAGGUCGAUUCAUCGGCAGCCGGUCUCGGAACCACGGCUCACCAACCUGAUCCCUCGAUCCUCGCUCCAUCGGGUGACAGUGUGGAUGACUUCAUGGCCUUCAAUGACGAGAUCUUGUUCCCGCAGAACCAAACUCCACACAGUCACCAGUCUCAGGAUCCUUCCUACAACUACGGAUUUGACGGAACCGGUUAUGGUGCGGACGCAGGAUCCGGCAACCUGGAUUCCAGCCGCAUCAUCGAGCAGUUGACCGAUAGUGAAGCCACCAGCCCUGCGGCUCCCGCCGAUGAUCCCGACGCCGAGCUUGAUGACGGUGGAAGCGCAGCCAAACGGCGCCGCAAAGUUUGA